UUGCGAAACCGGUCAUCAUUUCUAAACGAGUCGGCGCAGUGAAUAAUAUCGUCUGAGAGCUUUCAUUCACGAUGGCAAUAAGUUUAGCGAAAAAGAAUCUUCGAGAUUCAAUAAAGAAUAUUUUAAAAGCAAUUGACUCACAGGAAAAAACAAAACAAGGAGAAAAAGUUUUUCAAAAAUUGACUGCCCUGCCGCAAUAUAUUGAAGGUAAAAGGGUUUCUCUCUUUUUAAGUACUGACGAUGAAAUAGACACAAAACGUAUACUGAAAGAUCUCUUUGAAAAACAGAAGGAAGUAUUCGUUCCUCGAUAUGGAGGUUCGAAAAUGCAAAUGGUUAAAUUGAACUCGAUGAGCGAUUACGAAAAAUUACCCCUCACGAGUUGGAAUAUUAAACAACCGCAUAAAAAUGACAUAAGAGAAGAUGCCCUUGAAACUGGUGGGUUAGAUUUGAUAAUUGUCCCUGGAGUCGCCUUUAGUCGUGAAGGUAAACGUUUAGGUCACGGGGGAGGAUAUUAUGACUCUUAUCUGAGAAAUAUCACGAAAAUUCAAGAACGAAAGCCACAUUUGAUUGCAGUUGCAUUUAAUGAACAAAUCUGCGAGGAAAUUCCUACCAACGAACUCGAUUAUGAAGUGGAUUUAGUUCUUACCGCAAAUUCCAGUAACUGAAGAGACUGGAUAUUUCUAGAAAUGUGCUCAUAAAAUUUUUAUUUUUACACUUUCGUAAAACUUGUAUACUUUUAUCUCAAAUAUUUAUAUUUUAUUUCAAUUUUAAUCUAACUGAAUAUUAAAUUAAACUAAUAUUAGGAACAAUCGACUAAUUUUGAAAUAUUUAUUUUUUACUGAAAGAAAUAUUUUGUAAU